AUGAACUAUCCUGAUGAAUCCGGAAGCAGACUCUCUGGAACGUUGUCCCAUAUCCUUGAUCCAGGAAAAAUUACCGACAGUCAAACUAGCGAAAAACUACGCGGUAAGACAAAUAAUAUUGUUUUAGAAAAUGAACAACAAUCAAAAACAUCCUCCACAUGUGACUUUUAUAAUAGACUCAUUCAAACAGAUGCUCGAAUUAAAAAAUUAAAAAAAGAAACGGAAGAAUUAAAUGUUUACAGCUCUGCUGGUGACAUUAGUAUGAAACCCAUUUCAGACAGGUACAAAAGAUCGUUGAUGUCAAUAAACAGUCCAUUAUAUAGUCCUCCGGAAAGACGAGAAUCUGACUAUAGUGAUAAAAUAGAUUUAAAUAAAUUUAAUUUAUUUUACCCACCGUUUGUUGCCUUAAAAGAAUACAAAGAAGUAAGCACACCAACAAGAAUAAAAAGAGCUGAAGGAGAAGUAUAUGACGAUGAGCCUUCUGGUAUUGUCAUAGAAAAGAAAAAGGUCAUGGUUCAAUAUGGUCCAUUUGACCGAAAACGAAAUUUUCCUAAAUGUUCACAUUCUCCGAAAGAGUCAAAAUCGCACGAAAAGCAACUAAAGCAUCCAUUCUACAAGAAUUCGCAGCGAUUGGACGAACUUUUGGAUCAACUGCUAGAUAAAAAUAUGGAUACAAUCAUAGCAAACCCUUUUGAGUUAGACGUUUUAGUGAGUAGGAAAGACAAAUGUAAACAUUCUAAACAAGACGAAGCGGUUACUGCCAAAAAUGAUCAAGAAGUACAAAAACAAGUUUCUGCAAGAGCAACGAAGACAACAGUCUCUGAAACUAUUUCGAAGUCAACAGAAUUUAAGAGAAGGAGCAUUGGUUACGAUUCAAAGUCAGGUUUGAUUGACAAAGAACCACCGCAUAAAUAUGAAGAUAAAAAGGGGUAUGGAUAUGCUUUUCUAUCAACUACCCCACUCUACGAUAUUGUCUUAAGUGUAUCGACAUUAAUAAAUUCCGAAAGCACCGAAAGCAUAAAUGUUUUAACGGAUGACGCGGGAACACAUCAAAGCAAGCGUAAACUACUUCAAUUCAAUGAAGAAGAUAAUGAAAAUCUUGGAUACGAAGACUUCAAGGAAGUUUUAUCUGAUUAUAUGGACACUCAUGACGAGAUAGAUAAGCAAGUUGAAAGAGACAGGAGAUCGGACAAUGUAGUAAUACCAGGUAAACAAAAGUCUAAUCAAAAUGAUAUACCAUCGGUUCAUAAUCCAAACUGGAAGGGUCCGAUGCCCUUAUACCCUGAUGAAUUAAAUUUAAUAAAACACGCCGUAGUGCACAAUCCUAAGAAUGAAGGAUCUGAAGACUUAGAAGAAAUGUUAGCUCAAAAAGAAAAACUCGAAAGUCAAAUUACUAAUAACGAAUAUAUAGAAGAUUAUCUAAACAAUAAAUAUGAUAAGUUGGCGCAAGCAUAUAGCGAUUAUGGGGUAUUAGCGGAUAAAAAGGAAUCUGUUACAAAUGAAAAGAAUUUGGCUACAGAGAGUAAAAUACUUGAUAACAAAGUGGUAGCACUCACGGAAAAAGAUGAAAAUAUCAAAAAUUUACCUUCAAAAGGGAAAAAGAACGCAAAAUUGCUUUCUCCAGAACAUGAAGGAAUACAGUUUAACUUAAAUAAUGAAACACAAUUAAAAAGCAGUUUCAAUAUAUCUGGCAUUUUAUCACAACAUUUAAAAUAUUUAGAUGACAAAACAAAUCAAACAGUGCCAUAUUACUAUGAACCAAAUAAUUUCAAAAAAGUACGAGCAGAUCCAAAUAUUUUUGAUGAAAAUAUAGGUUUUACUGUAUUACGAAAGCAACGUUCUUUGAAGUCGGUUGAAACAGAAGAUUUAAAGCAAACUAAAACAGAACCGCUUGGUGAUAAUAUUAAAAAUGAUGUAUCCAGUAUAGUACCGUUAAUACAAUCAGAUGCUUCCAAAUACAAUACAAAAACGUUGAGGAACGAUUCAGUUAAAAAAAUAUCAUAUGAGCAGAGAGAUGCAUUAAAUUCAAGUCAUAGUAAAAGUUCUUCGGAUUCCAGUGAACUUUUGCAUGUUUUAUCUGAUUGGUUCUUGACCUUAGCCAAGCUCUCUGGAGAGUACAAAGAUGAUGUGCAAAUACCCGGGUACAAUUUUACACCAAAAUUUGACCAAUCCACAUCAAUGCCUGAAAAUAUCACAAAUGAAAUUAUGUACCCUAUGUAUGAUGCUGAUAUGAUAGAAAAUAUUGGUCACAGAUCAAGAGUACUUAUGUCUUUCGAUGAAAAUUAUGUACACGUGUCUAAUACAUCAACGAAUAAAACGACAGUGAUGGAACAGAAAACAUCAGAAAUUACACAAGGCAAUAUAGACACAAUAAAACAUCAGCCAUUUAUCAAUGAUACUAAAUUAAAAAAACACAUCAGUAAACCUUCAAAUGAAACAAAUUCCCUCUCGGAUAACAAAGAAAACAAAACUGUUGUGAAAAGAUGCGCAGGAGACAGUAAUCUCCUUUUCUGGAACGAUAUAUACGAUGAUGAAUACGGUGUGAAAAUAGACUAUUUGGAUAGCGAAAUGAGGAAUAAGCAUUCUGCUGAUGGUAACAAUUUCGUUAAACGUUCAGGACAGUGGAUUAAUAAGAAGUUUAAGAAAUUUGGUGAUAGUAUUCGUACUGGUUACAAUUCUGGAAAAUAUUGGAGGAGGAGAACAACAAAGAAGAGAUCUUUUCGUAGCAUCAAAGAUUACAGAGUUCGAGAUCUAAAACAAAAAAAAAUGAGUCGUCAACUCUCAGAAAAUGCCAUAGCACAAAUCCUAGAGGAUUGCAGUGACUCUGAAAGCGAAGAAAAACAAUAA